UGCGACAGGUAGAUGCAGUGGUGGCAUCUGCUUUAACGACAGCAUCACAAACAGCAUCCGGGAACGGUGGCCCUGAGAACAAACGGCGGCCUAGAUCCCCACAACAAGACGCUCGGAGGGCGUCGCAAACAUGUGCUGUGGAGGCCGAUAUUUACUCCGUGCGCCUGAGGGGCUCACCUGCUCGCUCGUGCUGGCCAUAUUCUCGUCCGUGCUCGGCAUGUUCCAGUUUGGAUACAACUUGGGUGUCAUCAACGCCCCGCAAAAGAUAAUCGAAUCGUUCAUCAUCAUAGUCUACACCGACCGGGGCUCCGAUCCCCACAACAUCCCCGUCGACUGGAUAUGGGCCAUCACGGUGUCGAUCUUCGCCAUCGGUGGCAUGGCGGGAGGAUUCAGUGGAGGACUCGUUGCUAAUCGCUUCGGAAGGAAAGGCGGAAUGCUCCUCAACAACGGUCUGGGCAUAACCGGCGGUCUCCUAAUGGGACUAUCGAGGCCACUCUCAUCUAUCGAAAUACUGAUCCUCGGUCGCCUGAUAAUUGGUUACAAUUGCGGUCUCAAUACCGCGCUUGUGCCAAUGUACCUCCUCGAAAUAAGUCCACUGCCGCUCCGCGGGGGAUUGGGUACCGUGAGUCAGGUCGGUGUGACCGUCGGCAUGCUGCUGUCUCAGAUUUUGGGUUUGCCCAUUAUCCUCGGCACCAAAGAUGGCUGGCCCUACUUAUUAGCGAUCGCUAUGGUCCCGGCCUUCUUGCAAAUCGUAUUGCUGCCGAUGUGCCCGGAGAGUCCACGGUAUCUCCUACUGUCGAAGAAUCAGGAGCACGCGGCGCGAGAGGCUUUGAAGAAAUUGCGCUGCACUUCGAUGGUAGAGAACGACAUCGAGGAGAUGAGAGCUGAGGAGCUACAGCAGCAUCGGGAGUCCCACGUGACGAUACUGCAAGUGAUGCGCAACAAAUCUUUGCAACUACCUUUGCUCAUUGGGGUUGUCAUGCACCUUUCGCAGCAGCUCUCUGGGAUAAAUGCUGUAUUUUACUAUUCGACGCGGUUGUAUGUUCAAGCGGGUCUCCCCGAAGAUCAAGCGAAGUACGCGACUAUGGGGGUGGGAGUUGUGAUGGUAGUCAUGACUCUAGUGUCCAUUCCUCUCAUGGACCGCAGUGGCAGACGCACUCUUCAUCUCUAUGGGCUCGGUGGAAUGUUCAUCUUCUCAAUUUUCAUCACGAUAUCACUACUCGUUAGCUUUUUGUACACCUGGAUCACGUAUAUGUCGGUGGUUUCGACGUUGGCGUUUGUCGUAUUUUUUGCCAUAGGACCAGGAACGAUUCCGUGGAUUUAUAUGGCCGAACUCUUCUCACAAGGUCCUCGGCCGGCAGCAAUGGCUAUCGGAGUCUUGGUCAACUGGGCUGCAAAUUUUCUCGUAUCGCUCACAUUCCCACCGAUGCAGUAUGCUUUCGGCGACUACAGCUUCCUACCGUUCACUGCUCUGCUGGGAGUUUUUUGGGUGUUCACGUAUAAGCGGGUUCCCGAAACCAAGAAUCGAACCUUCGACGAGAUUGCAGCACUUUUCCGUCAAGGCUCAUCGUCUUGCGAUCAAACCCAUCUGGCUCAACGAUCGCUGUCGCAGCCCGUGACACCGACCUGUCCCCAUCAGGGGGCUGGACCACAGCAGAGCCAUCUUUGCAAUUCUGCUUUCCACAAUCACCAACAUAUUGUGGUCAAUAGCAACAACGGAGGUACGGAGAACGACAAGUCCUUUGGGGAAAAUGGAGAGAAAAACUAUCGAACCUUCGAAUCGUGAACGUGAUCUUCGAUCGUACGACGCAUCUCCCCCUCUCGUGACCAAAGAUUUUAUACUAUAUUUCUCGCAGUUCAUUCUUCUACUCAUAGUGUUGAUAAUACUCGAUCCGUUUUAUACUCGUUACUCAAUAAAAAUCAAAGUCCGUAUUU